CAUGGACAAUGACGCAACCAACCCCCUUUGUCUCAUCGCACCAGUGCAACCUCCAGAUGGAUACACUUCAAAUCUUGUCAACCCACCUUCCUUAGCAAACACAGCCAUCGCGGUUUGCAGUAUUAUGAUAUUUUGGGCCUCUGUCCUCAUGGCUGGACGGUUGUAUGUCAACUUCCGCAAACUAGCGGUUGCCGACUACGUGGCUAUUGCGGCUUUCAUUUUUGAUGUAGCACAUGCUGUGGUUGUCAUUUUGACCCGCCGUUGGUUUCGGCACGAAUGGGAUAUACCAAUUUGCUGGUUCACAGGAGAGUACAUGAAGAUCGACUUCGCCAACUCUAUAAUCGCUCCAUUCGCUGUUGGACUAUCCAAGACAUCAGUAUUCUUGAUCCUUCUCCAGAUCUUCUCCGUGAAACAGUCGAUGCGUUGGGCGAUCUAUGCUGGGAUUGCUGUCAACGCGAUAGUCUAUGUUCCGAACUUGUUCGUUACCGGUUUCUUAGGAGCUCCUCAUGCUGGAGAAACCUGGUCGGAUCUUGUCGUCAACCAACGUCCAGCAGAUGCGAAAUGGCUUGGAACAUAUCAAGGACCAUGUGCAGUGCUGCUGGAUAUAUAUAUAUUUAUCCUGCCAUUUCCUAUUCUGAAAACUCUCAACAUGCCGCGAAAACUGCGUCUCAAACUCUUUAUCCUGUUUGGGACUGCUCUUAUGGGUAUUGUCGCCAGCGUUAUCGCCUGUGUGUAUCGUUUUCGCCUGAUUGUGGCUUCGGGUGAUGAUACUUGGGCCGAUGCACAAGUCUUUUUGCCGAUCAUAGUUGAGGAUUUUGUCACAUUGAUUGUUGGCUGCAUGCCUGCUUUCGCCACUUUUCUCAGGCUUCACGUGGCAAAUUCGACAUUUUAUAAAAAACUAAGGACUCACUUUACCAACUACGAGGACAGAGACACGAACACCAAGUCCGGCGAACCGAGUUACAAGAAGAAAAUCGAAACCGUUGGCGGCGGGGGCAAGAAAGGGAGAGCUCAAGGAAUUGACCAAACUAUUGCAGAAGGCGGCUUCCCACUAGGCACAAGCUACUACGAGCUCAGAGACACAAGCCUUCUCACUCAGACUCAAGCCACUAUCCAGAGCCCAGCCAACCCGAACAACUGGCAGGAAGGACAAGGCCCAAAUGGAAUUACUCGGAUGCUCGAAGUUGACCAGAGCUAUGAUGCACGAUCGAUGGUCUGACCCGACGGUGAACGUACCUGUCCGACUUUGACUUCCAUCACCACACUUACCACGUGGAUGUCACUGAUUAUGAACUUCUCCAAGGACUGAGAGGCUAGGCUGCUAUAUAGAGCAUUCCAGUAACCCAAAAAUAUCUAUGCACACAAGAGGUUUAUGUUGACAAGCGGGGUGUAAAGUACAGACCUCUGAUAAGGAAACAAUGUAUAGGUCAUUACUUCGAGUAUUUACUGCCUUUGGAGUUAUUCAAAUGUGUGUCAAAUAAACGAUUAGAUUAAUCAACUGAGGAGCAAAUUACAAUUCUCUAUC